GUGCAAGUUGUCUCCCAUCGCUUUGUGUCCCCACGCAGGGGCCCUCUGUAUGAGUGAAACGUUGCUCUGCCAUGGAACCUGGCUCUGCCCUGGCCUGGCUCCUGCUCCUGAGCCUGCUGGCUGAUUGUCUGAAAGCUGCUCAGUCCCGAGACUUCACAGUGAAAGACAUCAUCUACCUCCAUCCUUCAACUACACCAUAUCCUGGAGGAUUUAAAUGCUUUACUUGUGAGAAGGCAGCAGACAAUUAUGAAUGCAACCGAUGGGCUCCUGACAUCUACUGUCCUCGAGAAACCAGAUACUGCUAUACUCAGCACACGAUGGAAGUCACAGGAAACAGCAUCUCUGUCACCAAACGCUGUGUACCACUAGAAGAGUGCUUGUCCACUGGCUGCAGAGACUCAGAGCAUGAAGGCCACAAGAUCUGCACCUCCUGCUGUGAAGGAAAUAUCUGUAACCUGCCACUCCCUCGAAAUGAAACCGAUGCCACAUUUGCCACCACAUCACCUAUAAAUCAGACAAAAAGGCACCCACACUGUAUGUCGGUGCUUGUGUCCUGCUUGUGGGUAUGGUUAGGACUCACUGUGUAGCAGCUCAAGGCAACAUGGGUAGUAGUGAUCUGUGGGGAUCACGGCAGUCUCUCAUCAUGCAUGCGUCAUUGACCUGGCAGCAUUGUGCACAUAAGAUCACAGCACUCACAGGUGUCAUCAUGGCCAGGCAGUACCCUAGCCAUG